AAUUGACUCCUGAGGAACGAGCCCAAAAGAUUGCCAAAGCCAUGCGCAAACAAUCUUCUGAAGUCAAAGAGAAGUGGGAAAGUCUAAAUGCUGUCACUAGCAAUUGGCAAAAGCAAGUGGACAAGGCGUUGGAGAAGCUCAGAGACCUGCAGGGAGCCAUGGACGACCUGGAUGCUGAUAUGAAGGAGGCAGAGGCCGUGCGGAAUGGCUGGAAACCCGUGGGAGACCUACUCAUCGACUCGCUGCAGGAUCACAUCGAAAAAACCAUGGCAUUUAGAGAAGAAAUUGCACCAAUCAACUUAAAAGUUAAAACAGUGAAUGAUUUGUCCAGUCAGCUGUCUCCCCUUGACUUGCAUCCAUCUGUAAAGAUGUCUCGCCAGCUCGAUGACCUUAAUAUGCGGUGGAAACUUUUACAGGUUUCUGUGGAUGAUCGCCUUAAACAGCUUCAGGAAGCCCACAGAGAUUUUGGACCAUCCUCCCAGCAUUUUCUCUCUACUUCAGUGCAGCUGCCGUGGCAAAGAUCCAUUUCACAUAAUAAAGUGCCCUAUUACAUCAACCAUCAAACACAGACAACCUGUUGGGAUCAUCCUAAAAUGACCGAACUCUUUCAAUCCCUUGCUGACCUGAAUAAUGUACGUUUCUCUGCCUACCGUACAGCAAUCAAAAUCCGAAGACUGCAAAAAGCACUUUGUU